GGAGGAGCCAUGUUGCAGGCGGCGGGAGCGGCUCGGUGAGGCCGCGGGGCCGCGUCCGCCCGUACGGCUCAAGGUCGGAGCCUGRGCCCGGCGGGGAGGCCGGGAGGGGUAGCGUCGUGCGGGGACAGCGACUGAUAGCGGCGGGAACUGAAGUUCGGGAUUGAGCCACAAUUUGCUGGCGUGAGGGUUCUGACCUGAGCCGGGCCCGGGGCUCCCUCUGCCUCCAGCGGUGCGCAGGGCUCGGGGACGAACUUGUACAAGGUGUGUGCAAGGGUCAGGGAGAGGGGACGCUUACAGCUCCGUGACCCUCUGUCUGUGGGAUUCCAAAGUACAUGUUGGGGACCCCCCUAGGCGGCCUGAAGCGAUCCCGGUGAGAUCCUGCCCCUUGUUCUGCUUUCUCCGCUCCUGCAUCCUGCCAAGMCCGAAACGAAGGAGGCACGGUCCCGUGGGUAGGGCUUAGGACUCAGCCUUCACAUUGUAAAACAACUUAAGACUUMAAGAUGUCAGGAAGAGAGUUUCUUGAACCAGAUUCUCCACAGCAAAGACUAAUUUUGGAAAGACUUAAGCGAAUGGAAAUCAUACAAAAGAUGUUCAAUGAGCUUCCUAAAGCAGAUCAGAACCUUUGUAAUCAUGGAAAAUACUUCCUAGCAGCAAAUUCAAGUUUAUGUGGCUUAGCAGCAAAUAAUUUCUUCAGGAGCAUCCUACAUGUCAGAAAGGCUGCCUUGGUGUCUGCUAUGCCAAUGGCUGUGAUUCCAUUUAUUUCAACAACAGCGGUUUAUGAAGUUUUUGUGCGUGACCCUUUAUUUUCAGGUCAGCUGAACUGUGAGGUCUGUGCUGUGGUCAGAGGAGGAUUAGUAGGUGCUGUUGUGGGUGGUCUCUAUCCCAUUUUCCUGGCUAUCCCCUUGAACGCAAGCCUUGCAGCCAGGUAUAUGUCAUCUCCCUUGCCAGGGAAAGAAAAUCUAUUACGUUACUGGCUCACAACUGCUCAGCCUGUCUUUAGAAAGAUGUCUCUGGGUAUACUGGUACAGGCUCUGACUGGAUUAUAUCUUGCCACUAAACAGCACGGAAUAUAUGUCAAAAUGCUUCUGCAGAUGAACACCAGCAGGGAUCCUGAAGAGCUACCUGAAUGAAGAAAAGCAGCUUUUCAAUUGCCUUGGAUAAGUAAUCACAAUAAACAAGGAAAAGAAGUGUUGCUUGCUGUCUCUUUUUAAUAGAAAAAARGAAAAGCUAAGACUCUGCGCUGGUAUUUUUUAAGUUUUGAACUUAAAUGCAAGUUAAGCUUUUCAUUAAACCCAGUUAAGUGUUUAUACUUGAAUA